GAGCCACCGAUCGAUCGACGAGCCCGGCGUGCGAUUGUUGACGGCGGCCGGGGUAGGGGAUCGAUGCUCUCCGCGCUCGGUUCCUGCCGCUCGCCCUGGCGCCCCCUGUCAUGGCGGCGCCCAGGGAGGAGACACGUGGCCUGUUCAGCCAAGGAGUCCGGGCGGUGCUGGGCAGCUGGGCCGCGUUGCAGAUCGCGGUGGAGCAUGGCUUCGGUGGGGCACACGGCGGGGCGAAGGCCGAGUGGCUGGUGGGCGUGGUGGAGCAGUAUUUCCACAGCAAUGCGGCCCUGGAGCUGGACGAGGUGGAGGAUUUCCUCGCCGAGGUGCUGAACAACGAGUUCGACACCAUCGUUGAGGACGGCAGCUUGGCUGAGGUGAGCCAGCAGCUCCAGUUGCUCUUUGCCCUGUGCCAGCGCGGCGAGGGGCCGGCCCUGACGGAAGCCAUCGCCCGGCUGGCGUGGAGGCAGCAGGAGGUGGGCAGGGCAGCCACCCAGGCCCGACCCGCUGAGGGGAGCAGCAGUGAGGAGGAGGAGGAGAAGCCGGAGGAGGUGAUGGACUGCAGCAGCCCCGGGCCCCCCCCGGACCCUCCCCCGGCAGAUGACGGCUGGACGGUUGUACAGAAAAAAAAGAAAUGAGGGGUGACCCCCCCACCCCCACGUGUGGCUGGGGGGGCUUCGCUGCAGGGAGCUGGGCAGGGGAAGAAACCAGGUGUAGCCACAAUGUGUCGCUAUGGCAACAGCUGCGGGGGGGAGAAUCCCUGGAGCUGAGGGGACAUGUUAGUCUGGGGGAGGGGGAAGCUGGCGCCCCCUAGAUGGGACAGGCCCCGCCCCCCAUUCCCUGCCCCCCUGAGCCAGCCAGUCCCCUGCCCCUGGGCCGGGUGGGAGCUGGCGCCCCCCCAUUCCCUGCACCUUGGCUGAAAACGAAACGACCCGAACAAAACAAAACCUUUAUUAAGAAAUCGGCUGAUGGAGCUUUAACAACAACGCCUGGCUCCCAAGAGCUCUAGAAAAUCCGGGCCCCCCCCAAUCUUCUGGGGGGGGAGAGUUGGGGUGGCCCCUUGGAUGGGAGGCCACCCCCUAGUGGCCAGCCACUGCAUGUCAGCAACAAUAAAAUGGUCGUCUGCGAA